AUGUCUUUGCAGCUCAUGGCUGAGGACUGGCCAUUUGGUUUGGUGCUCUAUAAACUAGUCCCCUUCAUCCAGAAAACAUCUGUUGGAAUUACAGUGGUGAGUUUAUGUGCCUUGAGCAUUGACAGGUGAGAGGAUUGCACAUUCAGGUCACAUUUCUGUUCCAAGAUACACUAUAUAUACAAAAGUAUGUGGACACCCCUUCAAAUUAGUAUAUUUGGCUAUUUCAGCCACACCCAUUGUUGACAGGUGUAUAAAAUCGAGCACACAGCCAUGUAAUCUCCAUAGACAAACAUUGGCAGUAGAAUGGCCUUACUGAAGACCUCAAUGACUUUCAACGUGGCACCGUCAUAGGAUGCCACCUUUCUAACAAGUCAGUUCGUCAAAUUUCUGCCCUGCUAGAGUUGCCCAUGUCAACUGUAAGUGUUGUUAUUGUGAAGUGGAAACGUCUAGGAGCAACAACGGCUCAGCCACAAAGUGGUAGGCUACACAAGCUCACAAAACGGGACCGCCGAGUGCUGAAGCGCGUAGCGCGUAAAAAUCGUCUGUCCUCGGUUGCAACACACACUACCGAGUUCCAAACUGCCUCUGGAAACAACGUCAGCACAAGAACUGUUCGUGUCAACUGUAAAGUUUGGUGGAGGAGGAAUAAUGUUCUGGGGCUGUUUGUCAUGGUUCGGCAAGGCUCCUUAGUUCCAGUGAAGGGAAAUCUUAACACUACAGCAUACAAUGACAUUCUAGACAAUUCUGUGCUUCCAACUUUGUGGCAACAGUUUGGGGAAGGUCUUUUCCUGUUUCAGCAUGACAAUGCCCCCGUGCACAAAGUGAGGUCCAUACAGAAAUGGUUUGUCAAGAUCGGUAUGGAAUAUUUUCACUGGCCUGCACAGAGCCCUGACCUCAACUCCAUUGAACACCUUUGGGAUUAAUUGGAACGCCGACUGCGAGCCAGGCCUAAUCGCCCAACAUCAGUGCCCGACCUCACUAAUGCUCUUGUGGCUGAAUGGAGCAAGUCACCCAGCAAUGUUCCAACAUCUAGUGGAAAGCCUUCCCAGAAGAGUGGAGGCUGUUAUAGCAGCAAAGGGGGGACCAACUCCAUAUUAAUGCCCAUGAUUUUGGAAUGAGAUGUUCGACAAGCAGGUGUCCACAUACUUUUGGUCAUGUAGUGUAGUUGGAAAGAACUAUAUUACUUACAUUUAACAUGCCAAAAUGAAUACAAUUGUUAUAUGAAGAGUAAUAUUGUUAAAGUUGGCUGAUAUCUACAUGUCAAAGUUAAAUAUCUUUGUAGUAGGCCUUGGAAUUCCCUUUCGUUGUAAUAUGUUCUUUAAUUGUUAUGCACAAAAUGCUCCCCAGCCACAUAAUUUCCCUAUUGAUUUUCUAGGUAUCGAGCUGUUGCGACCUGGAAUCAAAUCAAAGGCAUUGGUUUUUCCAGGUGGACAGCAGUAGAAAUAACUUUGAUAUGUGGUAUGUGGUCCUCUGUAGCUCAGCUGGUAGAGCACGGCGCUUGUAACGCCAAGGUAGUGGGUUCGAACCCCGGGACCACCCAUACACAAAAAAAUGUAUGCACGCAAGACUGUAAGUCGCUUUGGAUAAAAGCGUCUGCUAAAUGGCUUAUUAUUAUUAUAUGGGUGAUAUCAACAAUCCUAGCUGUGUCUGAAGUUGUCGGCUUUGAUAUGGUAACAAUGGACUAUAAAGGACAGCAUCUGACAAUAUUGCUCCUUCAUCCCAUGCAAACAAAUCAGUUCAUGCAGGUAAUGUGUGAAUCUGGAUCAAAUUGAGUUAUAUAGAAAACAAGAAGUUCAAUAAUGUGUUUGAUUUUGUUUUCUUUUGAUAAUAAAUGAAAAUGACACUGAUUAUAUAAUGAAGCCAGUGAGGUGUGCUUAUCAUCACAUUCCAGUAGGUAGAUCUGAAACAGCAACACUAAUACUGUUCUUUAUUAUGUUUUCAUAAGAGUUUUAAAAAUCAGCAAUACUUCGGCAUGCCGCUGGCUUGCACGGCUGUCUUCUACUCUCUGAUGACCCAGAAGAUGCUGAGGAGGAAGGAGAAUGUACUGAGCGACUUUACCAAACAGGUGAGUACAGACCAGAAAUCUCCAGCUCUAGAACUGGAGAGCUAUUAGGUGUGUAGUCUUCUGCUCCAGCCCAGUAGUCAGGGCCAGGCACAGACCAUUUGGGGGACAUGUGCUCCAAAAAGAAAAAGGGCACCCACCCCCAAAAAAAUCCCUGCAACCGGGUCACAGGCUCGUUGAGCAAUUAUUACAAGAGGGAAAGCAGCACAAUCUGAUGAGUAAAGUAUUUUGCGAAACUAUUUUGCUAACCAGUGUUUGUAUCUGUUAGGCAACAAUUAUUAGGCUUCAGCCAGGCUGUCUCUUAUUGAACAGUGCAAUCUGUGCUCUUCUUCAGACCAAAGUCCUGACAAAGUUCACUUGAGCACCCCUCCUCUUCGGUCAAUGCCAACAUAGUCCUAAUCGCCGGCACACAAUUCUUCAGCCGAGGCCAAAAACACAGUCUGUGUGAAAUGGUUAUGCAGCUCCUAAUCUUCAGCCGUCCUCGCUCGCACACUCCCGUCUUCGGCAUAAGUCAGGCUAAGCUAUGUUAGCUAGCUAGCUCGACACUCUUCGGGCCUAAUGCCCAACACUCAGUCUCUGCAUCUAUACACCCACUGUUCUUCUGGCUCUGCCCAAGCUACAAGCUUAGAAAAAAAGGUGCAAAGUAGAACCGUACAGGGUUCUUCAGUUUGUCCCAUUAGGGGAACCCUUUUUGGUGCUGAGUAGAACCCAUUGUAGAGGAUUCUAUCUAGAACCCUCUAUGUAGGGUUCCUCAAAGAACAGCCUGUAUAUGGUUCUACUUAGAACCUUCUAUGAAGAGUUCUGCCUAAAACCCUCUAUGAAGGGUUCUACAAAGAACCAUUUGAUCAUCUAAAGGUUCUUCCUAGAACCGCCUAUGAAGGGAUAUACCGAGAACCCUUUCAUCUUUGGAGGGUUCUUCCUAGAACCCCCUAUGAACAGUUCCACUAGACUUAUUAGCCUUUAACAUUUAAUUAUGUAUGACAAUACUUUACAUAUACAGUUGAAGUCGGAAGUUUACAUACACUUAGGUUGGAGUCAUUAAAACUCGUUUUUCAACCACUCCACACAUUUCUUGUUAACAAACUAUAGUUUUGGCAAGUUGGUUAUGACAUCUACUUUGUGCAUGACACAAGUACUUUUUCCAACAAUUGUUUACAGACAGAUUAUUUCACUUAUAAUUCACUGUAUCACAAUUCCAGUGGGUCAGAAGUUUACAUACACUAAGUUGACUGUGCCUUUAAACAGCUUGGAAAAUUCCAGAAAAUGAUGUCAUGGCUUUAGAAGCUUCUGAUCGGCUAAUUGACAUUAUUUGAGUCAAUUGGAGGUGUACCUGUGGAUGUAUUUCAAGGCCUACCUUCAAACUCAGUGGCUCUUUUCUUGACAUCAUGGGAAAAUCAAAAGAAAUCAGCCAAGACCUCAGAAAAAACAUUCUGGAGCAAUUUCCAAACGUCUGAAGGUACCACAUUUAUCUGUACAAACAAUAGUACGCAAGUAUAAACACCAUGGGAUGUUUUUAAACUUCCGACUUCAACUGUAUCAUAAGGCCUUUCUUUGAGGGCCUAGUUAUACCCUAACACAGUGGUGUUAGGAAUUGCCUGGUUUACAGGCCACAUCAGGCCUGCAAGUUACAUUAUGCUGGCAAGCAAAGUGAUGUGUAUUUCCUCUUGGAAUCCAGCCAGAGUUAGGAUAGCCAACAAGUGGAAUUAUUAAUCACCCGCAACCUGCAUUCAGAAUGACUGCCAGGGUAGGGAAAGUUGAAUACCGAGACUACCUCAAUCAUCUAAACUGGAACAACCAUCUAAGUAACGGGUGCAAUAAAUCCAACAGAUUGGAUUAGUUUAGAAAAAUGUAUGUUAUUUAUUUUUCUGUAGCAUAAAAUGUAUUAACCAAAUGCAAAAACACAGAUAUUCCAGUAAAACAAAACAUUCAGAAAAUCUCACUGCGAUAGAGCAUGCUGGGAAAUAUUAUAUAUGGUUCUAUGGUUCCAAAGAAACCUUCUUGGCUUCCAAAGAAUCAUCAAAGAACCAUUUCUUCCAAAAACAGUUCUCAGGAUGUUAAAGGUUCUAGGUAGAACCCUUUGACUUACAAAGAACCCUUGUCUUCCAAAAAUGGUUAUUCUGAUCAAAACAGUUUUUGGUUGAACCCUAUCCCUAGGCAAAGAACCCUUUGGAACCCUUUUUUUCUAAGAGUGUACGCUACUGGUAACAACUCUUGCUGUAGCUUUACCAAAACUAAGCAGUUCUCCUCGCCAUUCCACGCCUGGCCAACUCACGCCGUAUCCUCAACGUAAUUGCUCCCCAACACCAGAGAACAGGGUUUCCUACCCAGUCCUCAAUACAGAGUCCUGUCCCACUCGCACCUGCGCAGUUCCCGCCAGUUACUUCCACGUAGGUGAAUUAAUCAAUGUGUGGCCAUACAGUAUGUCUAUAAACUCCAUUUAUCAUUGUACAAAACUUGCGACGCCCCACGCACGCACAUGCACGCUGUGCAAAUGUAGCAUGUCAUUACAGCCAUAAACGGUGAUGCAUUUUCAAAACGCAAGAUAGACUACAGAAAUAAACUGCGUUUUAUAGCUGCAUUUGAAGCUGAAAGUCAUUAAUGUUAACAGCCAAUAACAACUAGGGAUACAGUGCAUUCGGAAAGUAUUCAGACUUUUUCCAAAUUUUGUUACGUUACAGCCUUAUUCUAAUAUUGAUUAAAUAGUUUUUUUCCUCUUCAAUCUACACACAAUACCCCAUAAUGACAAAGCUAAAACAGGUUUCUAGACAUUUUUGCAAAUGUAUAUUUUAUUUAUUUUUUAGUCAUUUAGCAGACGCUCUUAUCCAGAGCGACUUACAUGAGCAAUUAGGGUUAAGUGCCUUGCUUAAGGGCACAUCAACAGAUUUUUCACCUAGUCGGCUCGGGGAUUAGAACCAGCGACCUUUCGGUUACUGGCACAACGCUCUUACCCACUAAGCUACCUGCCGCCCGAUAUAUUUUUUUAUACCUUAUUUACAUAAGUAUUCAGACCCAUUGCUAUGAGACCUGUGGUAAAUUCAAUUGAUUGGACAUGAUUUGGAAAGGCACACAACUGUCUAUAUAAGGUCCCUAAGUUGACAGUGCAUGUCAGAGCAAAAACCAAGCCAUGAGGUCAAAGGAAUUGUCCGUAGCGCUCCGAGACAGGAUUUUGUCGAGGCACAGAUCUGGGGAAUGGAACCAAAAAAAUUCUGCAGCAUUGAAGGUCCCCAAGAACACAGUGUUCUCCAUCAUUCUUAAAUGGAAGAAGUUUGGAACCACCAAGACUCUUCCUAGAGCUGGCGGCCCGGCCAAACUGAGCAAUCAGGGGAGAAGGGCCAUGGUCAGGGAGGUGACCAAGAACCCAAUAGUCACUCUGACAGAGCUCCAGAGUUCAUCUGUGGAGAUGGGAGAACCUUCCAGAAGGACAACCAUCUCUGCUGCUCUCCACCAAUCAGGCCUUUAUGGUAGAGUGGCCAGACGGAAGGCUCUCCUCAGUAAAAGGCACAUGACAGCUCGCUUGGAGUUUGCCAAAAGGCACCUAAAAGACUCUCAGACCAUGAGAAACAAAAUGAUCUGGUCUGAUGAAACCAAGAUUGAACUCUUUGGCCUGAAUGCCAUGCGUCACGUCUGGAGGAAACCAGGCACCGCUUAUCAACUGGCCAAUACCAUCCCUACGGUGACGCAUGGUGGUGGCAGAAUCAUGCUGUGGGGAUGUUUUUCAGGGACUGGGAGACUAGUCAGGAUUGAGGGAAAGAUGAACGGAGAAAAGUACAGAGAGGUCCUUGAUGAAAACCUGCUCCAGAGCGCUCAGAACCUCAGACUGGACCGAAGGUUCACCUCUCAACAGGACAACAACCCUAAGCACACACCCAAGACAACGCAGGAGUGGCUUCAGGACAAGUCUCUGAAUGUCCUUGAGUGGCGCAGCCAGAGCCCGGACUUGAACCCGAUCUAACAUCUCUGGAGAGACCUGAAAAUAGCUGUGCAGUGACGCUCCCCAUCCAACCUGACAGAACUUGAGAAGAUCUGCUGAGAAGAAUGGGAGAAACUCCACAAAUACAGGUGUGCCUAGCUUGUAGCAUCAUACCCAAGAAGACUCGAGGCUGUAAGGUGCCAAAGGUGCUUCAACAAAGUACUGGGUCUGAAUACUUAUGUAAAUGUGAUAUUUCAGUUUUUGUUUUGUUUUUUGGGGUAUUGUGUGUAGAUUGAUGAGGAAAAAAAACAAUUUAAUAAAUUUUAGAAUAAGGUUGUAACGUAACAAAAUGUGGAAAAAGUGAAGAGGUCUUGUGAUGGACAAUGUUAUUGUGUGAAGAGACAGCCUUGAAAAUGUUCAUUUUGUCUUUUGUGUAAUAAAUAAUCCUUGGUUCCUGCCUGUGCUUGGUAAAGAUAUGAGGGGAGGGGGGGGGGGGGGGGGGGGGGGGGGGCCACAUGACCCUCCUUAGGACCAUCUGGUGGAACGCCCAGAAUAUGUUCUGUAAAUGAAGAUAGGAGAUGGUGCCAGACACAUGCAGGAACCAAUCCUGUGAACCAUGCAAAUAUAACUUGUCUGUGUAAGCAGUAUAUAAGAGAACUAACAGGACAGCCCCGUCGGAGCUCACUUCAGACCAUUUGACAUUUAACAUUUUAGUCAUUUAGCAGACGCUCUUAUCCAGAGCGACUUACAGUUAGUAGACCAGUCCUUUAUGCAUCUAAGUUUGACUGUGACCUCUCCAGCUUGCUGUUAAUAAACAAUGAUUCAAUUAAGAUUGACUUCAGGUGUCCCUAGUGGUAAUUUCCACGACAAUGUGGCGUCACGAAAAUAAUGAUUGAUUCUGCCUGCGGAGCUUUCCAGUGAGGGUCUGCGAGGAAAACCGGGGACGUUUUAUGAAGCGUGAGGGAAAUUCCCGUCUGACCAAAAGAUGACGAGGACCCGCCCAGACCAGACCCUUACUGUGAGCUGCCCAGGAGACACAUCAUCCGCAAACAAUUGAGGGACAAGGCGACUGAAUUUCAGUAGGUAAAUUUAAAUGAAUCUGUAUAAAAUAAUAAAACCAACAAAACUUAACAAUAAAAAGGUACCCAUAGUCUUAUGGUGAGAAGGCUAUUCACUAGUCUUAUGGUGAGAAGACUAGAGCGAAGGCGAGUAACGGUACCAUGGAAAGCCCCGCUGACAGCUGUCUGUAUGUAUUUAUAAAGAGAAGUGUCUACGUGGUCUGCAGCCACUACAAAUAGCACAAAGUGUUAUUGAGCAUGCAGUGUUAUUAUAUAUGUAUAGGAAGUAGUGGCAAGAGAACCGUUGAAGAUACAUAUGGUUUAUAGGAAGUAACGACAGGAGAAUCAUUGAAGAUGCACAUGGGGUAAUAAGGGAGAUUACCGAGUGUGUUUGGGAAUAGUACUAAGUGAAUGUGGAUGUGCAAGUUGUGUGAGUGUGGAAAGGACGUGUUAAGCUGAUUGAAAUUUGGAUAACAAGAUUGGAAUUUGGAUAAUAAGAGAUGUUAUUACUAUUCAGUACUGAGUGAAUGAGAGCUGACAGGGGACUAGCUCCGGUGUGAAAAAGGUAAUAUGGGGGAUUACUGAGUGUGUGUCUGAAUGAAUACCCCAACCAGUUCUGUGUGAGCUGAGUUUUUUGAUAAAUAACGUUAUCUAGGGCUUCUGUCCACCACUACCAGUCGAUCUACAAGUAGUGAGCACUGACAGGAGAAGCCUGUAUAUCAUGUCACUUCUCUGCAGUCCAGAGCAAGCAAAAUAAUAUGGCCUACUAGCGGAGGUUGCAGGAUCCUAUGGAAAGCAUGUUCUGUCUGCACCACGCCAUCACUUUGGAGGGCAGCCUGCUGGUUGAACGCGGCACGUGUAUAACUACAACCAGUUAGCGAGUCAUACAUUUCAGAGUUCCGACAAGUACAUGAAUGCGGCAUUGCUCCUGCCAAAUGCUACACCACGCCCACGGACGAAUGCCCAGUUUACGUAGUGAUGUAUUUCAUCAUCUUGAUGUAUCAUCUUCGUGCAAUCUCGUUCCACUACUGGAUGGAGAGCAUAGGGAGGGUUUUACAAUGCAAGACAAGAUGGAGGAGAGCCUAGUCUCUAGACAGGGAUCGCAUUUAUUUUGGGAGAUUGUAAAACAUGACCUUUUCAUUCAAGAGAAACAUAUGGUUUCAGUUGAUAAUAAAACAUGUUUUGUUUAGUUUUUCCUCAAUUUGUUUCUAUAACUUUCUAGCAAGUCAAGCUAGCUUACAGAGCACCUAGCUAGCUAGCUAAAAGCUAGCGACCUCCACCUAAUAAUUAUCAUAAAAAACAAACAUCAUUACCACCACAAUAAACUAAAACGGGAGGCAACAGUAAUAAAGUAUAAUGAGUAUUAAUGUGUAUUAUUUUUUACCUAACUAUUAAAAUAGUACUCACUUACAGGAAUGGGUAAUUGUAUACAAGUUGCUAGAUAUCCCAUAAACCCAUUGUCUAAAACUUAUUUGGUGGUUUGGUGACUUCCUGUUCUUCAAAGGACUCUGGCUGGACUGAAGUUUGGAAAAAUUUGGAAAAAUUCAAAGUAUGCGUUGUUCGUCUUGCAACGGAGCCUUGACCGCAAUGGGGAGUUUCGAUUCCACUCCGUUUUGGAUGCUCCCCAUUCAAAUGAAUAACAUCAGGCACAACUUAACGGAGUGCUUAUGGUUGGCAUUAGUUUCUUCUCCACAAUGGGUGGAUUCGAUUAUGCUGAGCCAUGGGGCACUGGUCUGUGGCCCAUAACGUGAACGGGCAAAAGCGGCUCAGUCAUGUUGUCAACAAGGCAGCAUGGUGCAUUAUACAGAAACAUACAACAUCUCUUUUCCAUAAAAUAAUUGGGAAGGCAGAUUAAGCAUUUUUAUCAAAAGCAAUCACUUUGCAUGGGAAAACACGGAAUCCUGUUAAUUACUACAUGUGCUUAAUUACGUCACUUUUGUUUUGAGCCGACUUCGCCAUCUGACAGAGCGGGGCAGGCACCUGGCUCACGCCUGGAAGGUAGCCCAGUUCUAAAACAAAUGCAGUCAACUUACACCUGGUGCAAAAGGCCAGAUGAAUCGAAUCCCCUCAUAGAGUCUGGAUCUGAGUACCUACCCGAUGAUUUCUAAAACGCAAACACAUUCUAACCGUUCUGAUUGGUCUUAGAAACCGAUGGGUUGGGCCAGAGCCAGAACACAUGUGGGUAAGCGAAGCGUUUGAAAAUGUGUCAUUGGCUUUGAUAUUCUGAUUGGUUAGAGAUUAUCCAAUCGCUGAUUGACGUCACCACAAACGAUUUCAAUGACUGCAGUCCCACAAACGAUUUCAACAACGGCAGUCUCAGACUGAAGUAUGUAGAGAACAAUGCAAAAAACUGUAUACCAAAAAAAUAUGGAGGGGGGAAAUUAUACUACCACCAAAAAGGGCACUUUGGAGACUGGAAGGGCAAAUGGGCAUGUGCUCUGCACAUGUAGAGCCGUAUCUGUGCAUAUGCCUGCCAGCAGUAACACACCUGGUUCAACUAAUCAAUUGUCCAGCCCAUGAUUAGUUGAUUAUUUGAAGCAGGUGUCUUAGUGCUGGGGUGGAAUAAAAGCCUGCACACCCAGUAGCUCUCCAGGACAGGAUUUAGCGACCCAUGGUGUAGACAAGGGCGCUACCUCCAUAAUAUUUUUAUUUUUAUGAUGACGUUAAAAUGUCUAACAUAAAUCUCCUUAUCUGUUUUCACAGAGAUGAGAAGUGGCCAAGACAGUGUUUUGCUUAGUGCUUGUGUUUUCCCUCUGUUGGUUACCACUGUACCUGAGCAGAAUCUUAAAACUCACUAUUUAUGA